AAUAAAAAAGACAAAAAUAAAAAAUAAAAAAUAAAAAGUUAGAGCAGCUUGUGCUUCGGAGGCUCAGCCUAUCUCAACUCUCAUCUGUGAAUUUCCAGGCACAAGCUCCCUUCAUAUAUUUCCCGCCACCAAAACAUUUUCUCUCGUCAAAGAAAAUCUAGCAGAGAAAAGAAAGUAACCAUGAAAUCUUUGUAUCCAACUAGACCAAUUACAGCCGUUCCAAAGUAUAAUUCUACCUCUUACACCAAAAUUUCUGCUAUCACCAAUGUUGCUACGCCGACGCUCAAUUUCUGGGUUUCAUCACCACAUCCAAUUCGCUCACCGAAUGAUUUUCCCAAGCCACACCCACACACUGCUCUAAGAUCUCAGUCUUCUUCAAACCCACAAAGCAACGAGCAAGAGAACGAUGAAGUGGAAGAAGAAGACGACCCAGAUGCCCAAGUCCAAGACCUUGUGGUCCCAGAGCAUUGGUUGGUCCCUUCCAAGGCCUUGGAGGAAUCAGAGUGGCUUAGGGUUACUUUGCAUAAGUGGUUGGAUGAUGAGUAUUGCCCAGAAGCCACCAAUGUUGAAAUCAGCAAGAUUGCUGCUCAAUCAUACUACAAAUCUUUGCUGGGAAAACAGACUGACUUGGGUGAGAUUUUGCUGAAGAUGGCCAUAGAAUUGGAAUCUAUUUCCUACCAGGAAAGCUUCCAUGGGGCAUUCUCAUCCGCCAACGCAGCAGUGAAUUUGAUUGCCCAACGGAUAGAGCAGUCCUGAUUUUAACUCAAACCAGUUGAUGAAGGUUUUCACUUUUCACUUUUCAUUUCACCAAAUUAGUAAUUUAUCUUGUCCUGCAUUUCCUAUGUAAAAGCAGUAAGUUUUCAUAAAUCAAUCUUGCAUGAAAAGGCCUUCAUCUUUUGAAUCAAUGUCUUCUCAUCUCAUAUGUCUUUGCAUAGUGAGUCAGUGACAACUGAUAAUGAAUGUUUAAUGCACCUGAUCUGGUGCAGGAAAUUCCAAAGUCUUGAAAGAUGUAAAACCUCCAUCUACCACCAAAUUAUGCCCACUAACAUAUUUAGCAUCAUCUGAAGCUAGAUAAAGUGCAGCAUUAGCAAUAUCGUUGGGUUCACAAUUUGUGCCUUCCAAGACGCCGGCAUUCUGUGUUAUUUCUAUUAGACGCUGUAUAUCGACUCCCGGGAAAAUCCGACUCAUUUCUUCAAGUACAAAUGGGGUUGGAAUGGCAAAUGGCGAUAUACAAUUGACCCGAAUUCCAUGCUUGCUUAGCUCUGCAGCCACAGACUUAACAAUGCCUAUGACAGCAAACUUGGAUACUGAAUAGGUGUGCUGUGCGAGUCCUCCCAUUAGUCCUGUGACGCUGGCUGUGCAUAGAAUGGAGCCUGUUUUGCGCGGGAUCAUCACACGUGAAGCAUGUUUCAUUCCUGCAAUGACUCCUCGCACGUUGAUGUUCAUGACACGAUCGAACACUGCCAGGUCGAGGUCCACAAUGCUCGGGGGAGUGUUGCAGGCUACCCCUGCAUUGGCGUACAUAAUGUCAAGCUGGCUAUGUUUAGAGAUGGUGAAAUCUACAGCAUUGGAAAUGUCGGAUUCUUUUGAGACAUCACAGGCGAUGAAGGUCGCAUUGGGACCGAGCUCAUAUGCUGUGACCUGGCCAAGCUGCUGUUGGAUAUCUGCAAUGACAACUUUGGCACCAUUGCUGAUAAAUUUGGAUGCAGUUGCCUUUCCUAUGCCACUUGCUGCUCCGGUGAUCAGCGCCACUUUGCCUUCAAGUCUGCUUUGUCACACAUAGCAAAGCAAACAUGGCCCAAGUCCAAGCAUCAGUUGCAGAAUUAAAGAAUCCAAUCAACAGAAAGGGGAAGCAUCUGAUAAAAUCUAAUUAACCCCCAUAUCCA